AUGCGCGCUGAUCUAUGCGCUCACGCUAUGGGAGAGUUACUCCGGAAGCUAGAUGAGGAUGGCUUGGAUGUUCCUUCUCAGCCAAGCGGGUUGAACACCAACACAACUUUGAGGGAGGGCGCGACGGAAGGACGUGAGAAAGAAGAACAUCGUAUAGACCAGCUCGAGGCAGAGCAGGCAGCUGCAGUUUCACUAGUCCAGCCAUCCUAUCCGGGGUACGGGAUGGCGCAGAGCGGUGCGGGCGCACACCCCGGCUUCAUAGCUGUACCUAAGCAGGAGAAGUUGGCGGGAGGAGAGGAUUCGGAGGAAGAUGGAGAGGGCGAAAACGAGCCAGGAACAAAGCCGACCAAGUACACAGGGGUCUAUGUGGAGGCCGAUACAGGGAAGUAUGGGGUGAAGAUCGUCGCAAAGGACAAGGAGGGGAAGAAGAUAACGAAGAGAGUCGGCACGUACACCACGAUAGAGGAGGCAGCGUAUUGCUACGCGGCAGCUGCCCAUGUGCUAAGGCCUGGUAAAGGCACCCGGAACUCCGUGGCUUUAACACCGGCUGAUAAGGCAGCUUUGAAGGGGUGCACUCUCGAAAUCCUGAAAGUCAUGGUGGAUGCCCACAUGUGGUGGCGCUAG